AACUGCGGUGUAUGUUAGUGUUGAGGUAAACUUAUUUUGCAAUACACAAUUUCUUAUCUUUGUAGCAUUUAAUACGUAGCAGUGGGAAACUAAUUCUCCUUGACAAGUUACUGAUUCGUCUACGAGAACGUGGCAACAGAGUACUGAUUUUCUCUCAGAUGGUGAGGAUGCUAGACAUCCUAGCAGAAUAUUUGAAGUAUCGUCAGUUUCCUUUUCAGAGACUUGAUGGAUCAAUAAAAGGAGAACUAAGGAAGCAAGCACUGGAUCAUUUCAAUGCAGAAGGAUCAGAGGAUUUCUGCUUUUUGCUGUCUACCAGAGCUGGAGGAUUAGGUAUAAACUUGGCAUCUGCUGACACUGUAGUUAUAUUUGAUUCUGACUGGAAUCCACAAAAUGAUCUGCAAGCGCAGGCUAGAGCUCAUAGGAUUGGACAAAAGAAACAGGUUAAUAUUUAUCGACUAGUCACAAAAGGAUCAGUAGAAGAAGAUAUUCUUGAAAGAGCCAAGAAAAAGAUGGUGUUAGAUCACUUAGUGAUUCAGAGAAUGGACACCACAGGGAAAACUGUACUACAUACAGGCUCUACUCCUUCAAGCUCAACACCUUUUAAUAAGGAAGAGUUAUCAGCAAUUUUGAAGUUUGGUGCUGAGGAACUUUUUAAAGAACCUGAAGGGGAGGAAGAGGAGCCUCAGGAGAUGGAUAUAGAUGAAAUCCUGAAGAGGGCUGAAACUCGAGAAAAUGAGUCAGGCCCAUUAACUGUAGGAGAUGAGUUACUUUCACAGUUCAAGGUAUUGCUCUGUUCCUUUAAUCCUCCCAUAAUUAUACUUUUUCUGUAUGAAUGUUAAUUAUUAUUAUUAUUUACCUUUCUUUAUUCCUG